AUGUCCUCCGCGACGGCGACAAUCCCGCGGUUCCUGCUCCCACAAACAGGCUCAAUAUGGCGGCGCCAGAUUUUCGUUAGGGUGCCAACCACUUGGACAUCGCAGUUAACUCCCUUGACUCCCGUUAUCAUCCGGCUAUCUAGUAGCAACAGCAAGCCUGCGACCAAUGCCCAAGGUCAACGCCUGCUCGCAAAGCCAGAGCGCUUCACACCUCCUUCACAUCCAUCAGCGUUACCGAGGAAAAAUGCCCCUCGUGUCUAUGGCGGCGACCUUAGUGCUGAGGAGAAGAAGGCCCAGGAAGAGAAGCACUACCCGGGGCUGCCGCCACCGCCGGGGUCCAAAGCAUACAAGUUCAUCCAUAGCCGCUGGAUCCAUGUCAGCAUCACUCUUGGAACCCUCACAGUCCUCACCAUUUGGACCCUCGUCCUCGACUUCCAAAAGAAUUCACCCUUCGCCGACAUGCUGCCCUCAACUUCGGACUUCCUUGCCCGCCCGCUCACCUCCUUGUACAUGGUGGUCGAGGUACUGCGGCUGCACGAGGCACAUAAGUCGGCACAGAUCGCUGAGAAGCGCAAACGCUAUGUCGAGGAUGUGGCCAAGCGGCGCGCGUACCGCAAGGCGCACGGCCUUCCUGAGGAGGUUGGCCUGUUCAACCAGCCGAUGGCGCGCAUCAAGACAGAUGAGGAGAUCGAAGAGGAGAAGAGGAAGGCAGCAGAGGAGAAGGAGCAGCAGCGGCUGCAAGAAGAGGAGGAAACAAAGAGGAGAAAAGACCCGGAGGUAAGGCCGCUGACCGAGGAGGAGCGGCAGGAAGUCGUCAAGCAGAUCAAGGGGAAGUGGUUGGGUAUCUUUUGA